AUGGCUUCUGGCUUUGGGCAUGGCGAACUAGGUGAUACCGAGGUGUACACAGGUCCAACGAUUCUUGAACCGGAUGAUGAUCACGUGGCACAAAUAUCCUUUUCUUGGUGGAAUGCUGCACUUUUGAUUUUCUUCGGUAUCAGUUCAUGGGUUGCCAUCAAUGGUCUCUGGAUGGAGCUGCCCCUCUUGGUGUACUUGGCCAACAUCGGUCCUUUGGUAUAUGUUCUGCUGACCCAAAUCUGCCGUGUCUUUGGGCGAGGUCAGAGCAGCAACUGGUGCAUGCGUCUCAUCCAACCGCCAGAGCGUCUGGCCAACUACACCAUUCUUAGUGUCGGACUGAUAGCCUCACUUCUACUCACUCAGUUUUGGAAUGCAGUAGUGGUGAUGCCAGGACUCCCUGCUAAUGCAGUUUACGGAGGGACGGCGACUCCAGAGGCUCUAUACGGUCACAGUCUGGGCCUCUUUGUGCUGACCUUUGCGCUAGGCAUGAUCGACUGUAUGUCCUCUGUCACCUUCCUCGCCUACCUUGCCAACAUGCCGGCGGUGUACGCGGGAGCGCUGCUCUUUGGCGAGACUGCCUCCGGUCUUCUACCUAGCCUCUACGCCCUCGGCCAGGGUGUGACCACGGAGCCGAUCUGCGUGCCCUCCGUCAACGAGAAUGGAACAACAGAGUAUCAUCCGGUGUACUCGCCACCGAACUUCGGGGUAGCCACCUUCAUGGGUCUGGUGGCAGGUACCACAGGACUAAGUCUGUUGGCUUUCGCACUGCUCGACUGUCUGCCCACUGCUCUCGGCCGCUCAGUCACGCUGGCCUACCAGCGCCACCACUCCCUCCCAACUGCCUCCACCACCGAUAACGUCGCGGACCGCCGUGAAGAUUCCACCAAGUCAAUAACCACGGAAUCAGCGUUGGCGAUGAGCAUGGAAACGCAUGGAAUGACCGCGGAUGGUCUCUUCAGGAUCUGUUUCCUCUUAACGGGCUACACCAGCUGCCUGAUCAAUGGGCUGUUGCCCUCAUUGCAGUCCUUCUCCACUGCCGCCUACAGCACGCGCACAUUCCACCUGGCCGUGACACUGUCUGGCAUCACAGCACCCAUCGUGGCUGUUGCCGUCACUGCUUCCUACGGCCAUGAUCAACUUGGCCUCUGGAUACGCUCCAUUUUCCGCCGCUUUUGCCUCUGCAGUCGCAGUCGACCUUUCAUGGAUGAUUGCGACUCGGCGGAGGAUGGCAAUCAACAAACACCCCAGCAUCCAACGAUAAUGGCCUCUAUCGUGGGCGGUAGAUUGGCAUUAAUUCUGACACUCCUUGGUGUGGUUGGAUCCUUCUUUGCUGGCUACAUUAUCUUUUUGGCUGCUGCAUCUCCUUCUCCACCACAACUUGGAGGUGCUGGUUCAGCAUUCUCGGUUUUGUCGUGGAUUCUGAUGACAGCCGCGUUGAAUAUUCAGAAGACAUGGAUCACGUUACAUCUGGUGAAGCACGGCAGUCAACGAAAUCUUCGAACCCUGGGAAUUGCCAGUCAGAUUGGAUCAUUAGCGGGCGCUCUGAUAAGCUUCCUUCUCACGGCCCAAUUCAACGUUUUUGUCUCCAAAGCACCCUGUACAUAA